AUGCCCAUCAAUCUUGACAACAUUUCAUUUUACUCGGCUCCAGCGCAAGCUGUGCGUUCAUUGGCAGCCCGAAGCACAACAAGACAGACUCUCAGUCCUUCCUGUUCUGUGAUGGGAAGAACCGCGAUCCCUCCUUCAGACGACACAACGACCACGCCCGAUCAGAUCAAGAGUCAUCGUGACAAGAACCCAAUCGUGUCCUCCCAAUCCCUUCCGCAGUCAAAUGUCGAGGGCAAAGUCAAUUCAAAUGAUAAGCCGUAUCUGCGGAUUGAACGCUGCCCAGGGUCUGGCGAUAUGGGCCACAGCUCAGCCAAGAAGCCUGUGACAGUGGACUUCAAUACGCGCGAGAAUUCGCCUGAGACGGCGGCUUGGUCUGCCAACUGUCUACCAGUCUCGGCGCAUUCGUUGCCAUCCGAGGCAUUCACGGCGGCAAUGCUUCCUUCGCACCCAGAUCCAGGUCCCCAAGCUGCCAACAACACAGCCGACCAGGCUCUCCCUCAAAAGUCGACUAAGAAUGCAUCGACUGUCAGCUCAGAGACCUCUGCCCCAGAAAGCAGUCCGCCCUACACCGAGAAUAUUCCCCAAGUGAGUCAAGCAGCCGAUGACGACUUGACGGUCUGGCUGCAACAUCAACAAGUCGUGCCAUCCAGCAGCGCGGAAAUUGAAGAGGCCUCAGAAUCCCCGAGAGGGCCUGCUGAAAAGUCUGGCACGAUGCCAAGCCCGGCGUUGGCCGAAAGUAGGCUGCCGUUCUCUAGUUUGGCAUCCGUAGGCCAAGACACGCCAUGUAACGCCGAAACUUACACACGCCAACCCCUUUCCGGACAAGAGACUCCCGAUCCGUGGCCAAAUGUUGGUGUUGAAGAAAGUAGUCCCAGCUCAACCGACCGAAGCGAGCCGCUGAUCACAGAAACGGCACUUCAUCGCAGCAAUUGUUCAUCUUCACCCGACGAAAUGCACCUGGAUGCUGAGACGACAGCAUCAGAUGCUCCUCCUGUACACUUAUCUCGAGUCCGUCGCCGAGCUCGCAAAUCACGACUACCAGCGGGCGCUUAUGCUGAAGUCGAUUCGGACCCGGAAUCUAGCGAUGAGGAUGGCGCUCAUGGAACCAACGAGGACUGCUUCGGAGAUCAAGCCAACCCUGACAGAAUCCGGCGAAGGUCCCAGGGCUGUGAGGACAAUUCUGACCAACGCGGUCGGCCAAAACCCAAACGUCGUAAAAUAAACUCCCAGGAGACUGUUGGCACUAGCAGGGCUCUGAGAUCACGGGACACAUCAUCGCAUUUAGCAUUGAAACCAAGACGAAGGUCAGAGCGGGCUACAAAACGAUCAGGCAUCAGUGGAGUUCUGACCUCGCCAGUCUCUCCUGCUUCUACCGAUAACGAAAUAGAUCCCAGAUCCUUCUUUGGGCAAUACGAUGAGUGGCCUCUCAAGAAUCCAGUCCUGAAGCGCACCACAGAUGGAUUUGUAACGACAUUUCAACUGCAAUGGGAGCAGCCGUCCACAGAAGGACAACAAACGCAUUGCUAUCCCUCAGUUGGUCGGCCUUCAGGUUCUUCGAUGCAGAGACGAAAGCCUGCGAGGCGAUCUGCCAAGUCCAGACGACCGUUUUCAGAACAAGAGAAUAGACUUUUGAUUCAACUGAAAGGACAGGGUCUUUCAUGGAGGGAGAUCCACAACGAUUUCUCGAGCUACUUCCCGGGCCGGUCUCUCGCGACGCUGCAAGUCCACUUCUCUCAGAAGCUGAAUAGGACGAGAGAAAAGGGCUUUGUUAGGUGCGAUGCAUGCAUGUAA